AUGGGAUUCGAAGCCUGUUCUCUACUCGUUAGUACUAUUUCAUGUAACAUGGAGUUGACAUUCAUGUUUAGCAUAUGUGUUCUCAUUCUCUCCCUCUUUUUCCUCCGUUCUUUUCUCAAAUUCUGUGCCUCCGGUCACCGGAAACUUCCUCUUCCACCUGGCUCUAUGGGUUGGCCUUAUAUUGGAGAAACAUUUCAACUCUAUUCCCAAAACCCAAAUGUCUUCUUUGCUUCCAAAGUGAAAAAGUUUGGUUCUAUAUUAAAGACUCACAUAUUGGGUUGUCCUUGCGUGAUGAUUUCAAGCCCGGAGGCUGCGAAAUUAGUGCUUGUGACAAAGGCCAAUCUCUUCAAACCAACAUUUCCGGCUAGUAAAGAGAGGAUGUUGGGCAAACAAGCAAUUUUCUUCCACCAAGGAGAGUACCACACCAAGUUGAGGAAGCUAGUUCUGAGAGCAUUCAUGCCCGAGGGAAUCAAAAGCAUCGUUUCGGAUAUCGAAUCAAUCGCUAUCAACUCUCUACAGUCAUGGGAAGGCCAGUUAAUCACCACCUACCAAGAAAUGAAGACAUACACAUUCAAUGUUGCAUUACUUUCCAUAUUUGGAAAGGAUGAAGUCCUCUACAGAGAAGAUCUCAAGAGAUGCUACUACAUUCUAGAGAAGGGGUACAAUUCAAUGCCCAUUAACCUUCCGGGGACACUCUUCAACAAGGCCAUGAAAGCAAGAAAGGAGUUAGCUCAGAUCUUGGCCAAAAUCCUCUCACUUAGGAGGGAAAUGAAACACUAUCACAAUGAUUUGCUUGGAUCUUUCAUGGGUGACAAAGAAGGCCUCACCGACGAACAAAUAGCCGAUAACAUCAUCGGUGUCAUCUUCGCAGCUCGUGACACGACGGCCAGUGUCCUAACAUGGAUCGUCAAGUACCUCGCUGAAAAUCCAGCCGUCCUACAAGCUGUCACUGAAGAGCAAGAGGCCAUAAUGAGAACAAAGGAGUGUGUUGAAGAGAAGGUUCUGACUUGGGAAGAUACUAAGAAGAUGCCAUUAACUUCAAGGGUGAUUCAAGAAACACUCAGAGUGGCUUCAAUCUUAUCUUUUACUUUCAGAGAAGCUGUAGAAGAUGUUGAAUUUGAAGGGUACCAUAUACCAAAAGGAUGGAAAGUCUUACCACUCUUUAGAAACAUUCACCAUAGCCCAGACAAUUUUGCUGAGCCUGAGAAGUUUGAUCCAUCAAGAUUUGAGGUUGCUCCAAAACCCAAUACAUUCAUGCCAUUUGGCAGUGGGACCCACUCAUGUCCUGGGAAUGAGUUGGCCAAACUGGAGAUUUUG